AUGGUUUUAUAUAUUUCACCCGGUUAGACGAAAUUAAGGAGUGAGCGAAGAUUCUAGAAGACGCGUUACAGUAGUAGAAUAAGGGGAAGUUUGUUAGGUAGAGAGAGAGACAUUGAAGGCGCAGACAUAGUUAGAGAGAGAGAGAAAGGUGAGUAAGGGUUUAUCGAUUCCAAAAAUAAGCGACGGAAACAAUCUAGCGACGGAAACAAUCUAGCGACGAAAUAUGUCUGGUAUUGCUCGUGGACGCCUUGCCGAGGAACGAAAGUCAUGGCGAAAGAAUCAUCCUCAUGGUUUCGUUGCCAAGCCUGAAACGCUCCCUGAUGGAACUAUCAAUUUGAUGGUCUGGCACUGCACUAUUCCUGGCAAGAUCGGGACUGAUUGGGAAGGUGGCUAUUAUCCAUUGACAAUGAUCUUCAGUGAAGACUACCCUAGCAAGCCACCUAAGUGUAAAUUCCCUCAAAGUUUCUUCCACCCUAAUGUGUAUCCGUCUGGAACUGUUUGCUUGUCUAUACUUAAUGAGGAUAGUGGGUGGAGACCAGCUAUAACAGUGAAGCAAAUUCUUGUGGGUAUUCAAGACCUGCUUGAUCAGCCAAAUCCUGCUGACCCUGCCCAAACAGAAGGCUAUCAUCUAUUCAUCCAGGAUGCAGUGGAGUAUAAAAGAAGGGUUAAGCAGCAAUCAAAGCAAUAUCCACCUCUUGUCUAGUACUAUAUAUGCUCACUUUAGGAACUGUUCUAGUAUGGUAGAUGUUGUUUUCUAUUUCUUGCCCGGUGCCAAAAUUGUGUGAUUGUUGGCUGCCAUAACAUGCAGACUCCUUGGUUUUAACUAUUUUUAUUUACUCAGUUCUGGAUAACAUGUUAAUACGUGACAAUGUGAAAGUCAACCAAUAAUACUUGUUGGCAAUACUUGCUGGUUCAUUAUAAAAAUGGAUAAUUUACUUCUAUGA